GGGCCCCGGGGCGAGAGGGAGUAGAGGCCGGGGCAGAGGGCGAGGGCGGAGGGCGCUGGCGGCGGAGGCCGCAGAAGAUGAGCAGCAGCUGCUCAGGGCUGAGCAGGGUCCUGGUGGCCGUGGCUAUAGCCCUGGUGUCCACCUCCUCCCCCUGCCCCCAGGCCUGGGGCCCCCCAGGGGUCCAGUAUGGGCAGCCUGGCAGGUCCAUGACACUGUGUUGCCCUGGAGUGACUUCUGGGGCCCCGGUGUCCUGGUUUCGGGAUGGGGAGACAAGGCUGCUCCAAGGACCUGACUCUGGGCUAGGGCAUGAACUGGUCUUGGCCCGGGCAGACAGCACUGAUGAAGGCACCUACAUCUGCCGGACCCUGGAUGGUGCACUUAAGGGCAUUGUGACCCUACAGCUGGGCUACCCCCCAGCCCGCCCUGUUGUCUCCUGCCAAGCAGCUGACUAUGAGAACUUCUCCUGCACUUGGAGCCCCAGUCAGGUCAGCGGUUUACCCACCCGCUACCUCUCCUCCUACAGGAAGAAGACAGUACCAGGAGCUGAUGGCCAGAGGAUGAGUCCAUCCACAGGGCCCUGGCCAUGCCCACAGGAUCCCCCAGGGGCUUCCCGCUGUGUAGUCCAUGGGGCAGAAUUCUGGAGCCAGUACCGAAUCAAUGUGACUGAGGUGAACCCCCUAGGGGCCAGUACACGCCUGCUGGAUGUGAGCUUGCAGAGCAUCUUGCGCCCUGACCCACCUCAGGGGCUUCGAGUAGAGUCGGUACCUGGCUACCCCCGCCGCCUGCGUGCCAGCUGGACAUACCCGGCCUCCUGGCCCCGCCAGCCCCACUUUCUGCUCAAGUUCCGACUGCAGUACCGUCCAGCGCAGCAUCCAGCCUGGUCCACGGUGGAGCCAGCUGGAUUGGAGGAAGUGAUCACGGAUGCUGUGGCUGGGCUGCCCCAUGCUGUACGAGUCAGUGCCCGGGACUUUCUGGAUGCUGGCACCUGGAGUGCCUGGAGCCCCGAGGCCUGGGGGACUCCAAGCAUUGGGCCCCUGCCAAAGGAGAUACCAGCUGGGGGCCACCCACACAAGCAGCUGGAGGAGGAGCCUCAGGCAGACUGCCUCGCUUCCCCCAGGCCCUCCCUCUUGCCAGAUCCACGGCCACUUGACCACAGGGACCCCCUGGAGCAGGUAGCGGUGCUGGCAUCUUUGGGAAUAUUCUCUUUCCUCGGACUGGCAGCUGGGGCCCUGGCACUGGGGCUCUGGCUGAGACUGAGACCAGGUGGUAAGGAUGGACCCCAAAAGCCUGGGUUCUUGGCUCCAGUGAUUCCAGUGGACAAACUUCCAGGAGCCCCAAACCUGUAGAUGACCCAGGAGGGCUUCAGCUGAUUCCACCUAUAACUCUGUCUUGCUGGUGUGGAUGGACAGACAGAUAAAACCCAGGCAGGAUAGAUCCCCAUGGAGGCAGGGGGGCAGGGAGUGGCCUCAGCUGGAAGUUCUGUUUGGAGCCCAUUUCUAUGAGACCCUGUGUUCCCAACCUGCCAGCUGGAAGUGUCCAGACGUCUGAUUUCAUCUCAGAGUUGGAGGUCUACCAGAGUAAUGUGUGUAGAUGAGUACGUUUGUGUCCAUGUGUGCCCAUGUGUAUGUGAGGUAGGGAAUGUGUGUUCUCUAAAUAUAUGCAUGUAGGUGCCUGGGGAGUAUGUGUGGGUCCUUGGCUCUUGACCUUGCCCCUGGAGGGGUUUGUGAAGAUGUGAAUAAAGAGAAUGAAGAGGUU